CUGGGGAAGUGAACGAUCCUAAGGUUGGCAACACAGCGAAACGUGCGCGCGCAGUCUGCCGUACGCCAGGUGAGCGUGCGCACGUCACAAACGCUUCCAAAUUCAAAAAUUCGCAUUCCGAAUCCCGCGCACGAUAACUUUUACUUUCUUUUUUUUAAUAUUACGUCACAGUCGUGUUACGUUUAGUAAUCGCCGGUAGUUCUGACGCAAGAGUGCUUUCAGUGCAAGUGAAGUGUUCCUUUUUUAAAAUUGUGAGUUCUAAAAUGGGAUUGUGACUGGCUGGAGAGCGAAUAAUACUUACCCUACGAUGUCGUCGGAGGCGGGGGGGUGCGUGAACAAGGCGUUCGAGGGCGCCGACGAUGGCUUCCACACGAUAGACCUGCGCACUGGCAGGCGGGAAGACGACCCUCGGGCGACACCACAGGCGUCAACAGAAGCAGAAGCGACCUCCCCGAAGAGUUCAGGUCAAGAUGAGGAGCACUCCCUCAAGUGUGGCUGGGGCAUGUUCCGACCCUCGUGGCUGCAGAGGUUUAGGACAGCUAAAUGGGCGCUGUUCUGGUUAUGCUGGGCUGGUGCUAUACAGGGUAUGGUGGUGAACGGGUUCGUGAACGUGGUCAUCACCACGAUAGAGAAGAGAUUCGGCCUGAGGUCCAUGCAGACUGGUGUCAUAGCUGGAGGAUAUGACAUGGCAUCAUUCGCGUGCCUAGCGCCAGUGACGUACCUAGGUGGUCGGACGGGCUCCUCCAAGCCGCGGUGGUUGGGCCUCGGGGUGCUUCUCAUGGGCACCGGGUCCCUGCUGUUCGCGUUGCCACACUUCCUAGUCCCGAAUUACAAAAUAGCGGGAAAUGAGGCUGCCGACUUGUGCACGCCUAAUCGAACGGCGACAUCAUCCUGCGACGGCAACGUACCUUCAGAAGGUGGCGCGUGGGCAGUCGCGGUGUUUGUGUUCGCGCAACUACUGCACGGCGCCGGCGCAACGCCACUGUUCACGCUGGGCGUUACGUAUAUAGACGAGAAUGUUUCCAAGAAGAUGUCGUCGGUUUAUCUGGGUGUGUAUUACACAAUGGCGGUGGUGGGCCCAGCCAUGGGCUACGUGAUCGGAGGUCAAAUGCUCACCAUAUACACAGACUUUCUCAGUGUUGACUCUGAAACGUUAGGCGUAACCCCCGUGAGCUCAGUGUGGAUCGGCGCGUGGUGGGUGGGGUUCAUCCUGUCGGCGGUGCUGUGCCUCAUCGUGGCCAUACCGCUGAUGGCAUUCCCGCAUGAGUUGCCUGGUGCAGCUGAAAUCCGAGCAUCGAAAGUAUCAGAAGCGCACGAAGGUGCCGCUUCCAAGUCCGCAGCUUUCAGCGCUUUACACGAGCUGCCUCAAGCGGCUGCGGCUCUGCUGCGGAACCCCACGUUCCUGUUCCUGAACUUAGCAGGAGCCAGUGAGGGCAUGCUCAUAUCGGGGUUCGCUGCCUUCCUGCCGAAGCUCAUUGAGAACCAGUUUGCUGUUAAUGCUUCGGAAGCAGCCUUGCUUUUGGGUGUGAUCACAGUGCCAGCAGGCGGUGGGGGCACGUUCCUGGGCGGGUGGCUGGUGAAGCGCUGGCGUCUCGCGUGCGGCGGCAUCAUCAAGCUCUGCGUGGCUGCCACUCUGGUCGCCGCAGCCUUCACCUUCUGCUUUGUGCUGUCUUGUGAUGAUUAUCCCUUUGCUGGUGUCACUGUUAUGUAUAACAGUCCUUCUGUGCCGGGUGGCGAUCCCCUAACAGCGCUCUGCAACACGGAUUGUUCAUGUGCCGCGGCAGCAUACUCGCCGGUGUGCGGCGCGGACGGCGCGGUGUACUACUCCGCGUGCCACGCCGGCUGCGCGCGCGUCACGCUGGCUGGCUCGGCGCAGCUCUACCACCAGUGCUCCUGUAUCGUGGCGAGGGAUAAUGUCACGCUGCCGAGAUAUGAGGUUGAUGGAGUGUCAAACUCAUCGAUCUCGUACGAGGCUAUCAACAGUAUCUGCGCGACGGACUGUCCGUUCUUGUGGCUGUUUGUGUGCCUCUCCUUCGGCGUCAUGCUGUUCACGUUCCUGGCUACCAUGCCUGCGCUGUCAGCUACAUUGAGAUGUGUUCGCGAAGACCAGCGUUCAUUCGCGCUCGGUAUCCAGUGGAUCAAGGUUCGGCUGCUGGGAACCAUCCCGGCUCCGCUACUGUUCGGCUUCCUCAUCGACCUGUCGUGUUCGCUGUGGUCCACCUCGUGUGACAAGACUGGCGCUUGCUUGCAGUAUGAUAACUAUAAUAUGAGCAGAUACAUGCUUGGUAUAGCACUGGUAGGCAAGCUAUGUUCCCUCCUAUUCUUCUUCCUAGCCUGGUGGUUCUACCGUCCUCCAGGCAGCAAGAACGGGAAUGCCGUAGUUCCUUCAGUGGACCUCGUGGUUUGCGCCGAAAAGACCAACGGCAAUGUCACCAGUGUAGCCAACGGCACCGUGGAACGAGGCACUAAUGGUUACUGUAAUGCGGCUUUGGAGUGUAGCGACCAUUUGUAAGGAAGUUAAUGAAAGGAUUUCUAUUUGACAAUGUUAAAAAAAGUUCCCAAGAGAUAGAUGGCGUUGUACCUACGAGUAACGUACCAAGAUCAGCGCCAUCUAGGCAUCAGCUAGGAAAAAAAUAAACAGAAAAUCCCUUAUUAAUAUUUUAUUAUACCUACUGGUAGAAAUGAUUGAAUGAAAUUAGUCGUAAAUGACCAUUUUAUAAGGUGUUUUCGAUAUUGUAAGUCAAUGGCUCACGAAGACGGGUUUAGUGGUAGUCGUAUGUAACAAAUAGCGAGGCCAAUAAUCAUAGUUCGUGGGAACAUUCUCGAAUUUUGUGUAUUGAUGAUUAAUAACCGUGACUUUGUAAAUAUUGUGGAACCAAUACUAGUAGCUACUUACAGUAAUAAGAAUAGGGUUAUGAACAAUUUUUAGAAGGAAAUUGUAUCAUAACUAUUUGAAGUCGAAAAUAUGUAUUUAACUAUACAGGCGGGCUAUAUGCCUGUAGCUAAGUAUUUUUUAAUAUAUGAAACAUUUUUGGUGUUUAACUGAUUUUAGUAGUCGCUGGCACCUAAAAAUGCACAAUUUAGUUAUACGCCUAAUUUUCGAGUUGUGUACAUUAUAAAAUUACUGAAUUAUACAUUCCAAAAUAAUAAUAACAUGAAUAGUUCUGUUGUAAAAUAUCUGUGAUGUAAUAGUAUGUAGAUAAUUGUAAGAAUGACGCCGAUGUAAGCUCCUAUACUAAGAUUUUUAGUGUGUGUAGAUUUGUGCACCUAAGUAUCAAACGGGGUGCGUAGAUUUUUUCAAAGGUGCAACUAAGAAUAUUUUGGCGGAUGUAGAAUUUGAGUUAAUUUUUAAAUUAUUUAUCAAUGCUACUUGUAAGUACAUACCUAUUUUAUUUUUAAAGUUGUUAUUUUCCUGUUCUCGUUAUUUUUUACUUGGUAUUUUUGUAAAAACUACGCACCCCAAUCUAGGCCGUAUGUAUAAUUAAGUAGAGUACAAUUUGGGAAGGCACAAUUUUGGAUAUUAUUUUAACUUUUUGAACACCAUCAAGAUAAAGGUUAGGGUACACUUGUACAUAGUUUCUAACUUAUUUGUUGUUAAAGCAAAAACAAUAGUUGUUAAAAUUGUAUUUUGGUUGAAGACUGAUUGUUUACUAGUAAUUAAUAAAAUAUAAUAAAUAGUUUAUAUUAAGAAUAGGUCUGUAUAAAAUAAUUUUGGAUGUGACUGUACUUUUACUGAAUUAAAGGAUGAUG